AUGGCGGCGCUGGUGCUGCUGCUGCUGGCGGCGCUGGGCGGGCGGGCCCUGCUGCCGGGCGGGCGCUGCGCGGCGCCGCUGGCCGACCUGCGCUCGCAGAUCUCGGGCGUGGAGACGCUGCUGGAGGAGUUCCGCCGGCAGCUGCAGCAGGAGGAGCCGGGACCGCCGGCGACAGCGGGCGGCGGAGGGGACGGCGGGGAGCGGUGCGGCGGAAGCGGCGGCUUCUCCGCCAGGCCCGACUCCAUCAUCCGCACCAAGGACUCCAUCGCGGCCGGCGCCACCUUCCUGCGGGCGCCCGGCGCCGUGUCGGGCUGGCGGCAGUGCCUGGACGCCUGCUGCGCCGAGCCGCGCUGCACGCUCGCCGUGGUGCAGGGGCCCGCCCGCCCGCGGGGCACGGCGGCCGAGCCGGGCUGCUACCUCUUCAACUGCACGCACCGCGGCCGCCCCGUCUGCCGCUUCGCCCCGCACCGCGGCUACAGCUCCUACAGCCGCCGGACCGCCGGCAUCGCCCCGCCGCCCACGGAAGAAGAAUAUGAUGAGCCUCCACAGUGUAAGGCAGGCCAAGACAUCGUGCUGCAGUCACCUGUGGACUGGGUGCUCUUGGAUGGCCGAGAAAGUUCCGAUGACCAUGGAAUUGUGCACUAUGAGUGGGCGCUGCUGCAGGGUGACUCAUCGGUUGAAAUGCAGGUACCACAGCCAGGAACGCUGAAACUGUCCCACAUUCAGGAAGGCGGGUACAUUUUCCAGCUAACAGUGACAGACACUGCAGGUCAGCGGAGCUCUGACAAUGUCUCUGUGACCAUUCUGCCCAUGGUUCAUUCUGCAGCAGGUGAGAAAAUGACUGGAGCUGUUGCUUCUGUGACACCCAGGGUAUGGUAUUCAGAGCAGAGCAAAGGUCUUGAUAAAGCCUGUGUUGGCGUUUGCUCUCGCUACCAGUUUAUCUGUGAUGAUGGCUGCUGCAUUGACAUCACAUUUGCGUGUGAUGGUGUGAGACAGUGUCCUGAUGGAUCAGACGAGACUUUCUGCCAGAAUCUCAGCUCAGGUCGGAAGACGGUGACACAUGCAGCUCUUGGCACUACCCAGCAAAGGACUGCAGGACUGACUGAAAACACAGAGGAAAACUCUGCAGAGAAUACCCUGAAAGCCACUGCCAGAAAUCAACCACUUCUUUCAGUGGAUGCAGAUAUGUCUAACCAAUCGCUUUCUCAGGGACCAAAGAAACAAAUCAGUGGAUUUGUGCCAGAUAACAGUUCCUCAGGGAAAAGAACAGAUGAAAAAAUUGGGGAUGGCAUAAUGAUGCCAAAGAGAGAUCAGCUUGGAGGUGGUCGCCCAGUCCCAGAAACAGGUGCUGUGUUACCCUUAGCCUUAGGCUUGGCAAUCACUGCUUUGCUGCUGCUUAUGGUUGCUUGCAGACUGCGCUUAGUGAAACAGAAGCUCAAAAAAGCUCGACCCAUUACAUCUGAAGAGUCCGAUUACCUCAUCAAUGGGAUGUAUCUCUGAAAACUGGAUUUGGGUCAGUUGUUUUCUCCCCUUUCUGCUCUGUCCAUGAAUCUCUGCCUCUAUAAAAGGACCAAAAAUCCCUAGUUUAUUUUCAUGUGUAGAAGAAGCCUAUGAGAUGAAGAACAUACUCUUCCCCUUUGUUGAUAAUAUAGAAAGUGGGUAGAUGUCCUUGCUUAGAAAAUAAGAAACAUUCAGGUUCCAGAGAGUAGCUCCAGUUGAUUGUUGUGCAGAAGACACUACAAGGUGGGGAGACCCCAAACUGGAUGUGGGGUGGCCUGCCCUCUCCACAGCAUCUGGGGUCUCAGCCAGGGCUGAGUGCACGCAGGGCCCGGGGACUGGAGCAGCCAGGGCUCCACAGCCCAGCUGUGUUGGCCAAGUAUGGGGGGAAGCCUGUGCCACCUUGCUCUUCUCAGUGCUGCCACUACUGUGGCAGCCAACACAUUUCUUCACCGUCCAGCAGAGACCAGCUGUGUUCUUUGCACCUGAUGCACUGGGAAUAUUUUAAUUAAAGAAUGUGUCUUGCUUUGUUAAUUAAAAGCAAUUGCUAUCCCAGCACCUCCUUUUGCAAAGAAAAUUGGGAUUUAAGGCAGAAAGCCUCUUAUUUUCACUCAGUUUAAACUUCUGUGCUGCUACCAGACAGCCAUGCUUAUUAAAUGCUGAAAUGAAAAAAUGCAGCUUCUCAGAAGAUGAGCUUGAACUUCCCAGUGCUCAGCAGCAGUUGUGUACUGCUGCCUAAAGAAGCUGUGGAUGCCCCGUUGCUGGCAAUGUUCAAGCCUAGGCUGGAUGGAGCCCUGAGCAGCCAGGUCUAGUGGAAGGUGUCCCUGCCCAUGGCAGGGGGGCUGAAGCUAAAUGAUCUUUAAGGUCCUUUCCAACCCAAACAUGUCUAUGAUUCCGUGUACAAUCUCAGAGCCAUGUCUCUCCCUGGAGCUCAGGGCUUGUUCAGCCUUUUCCACAUCCAGCCCACCACCCUCCUGCAGCAUGAGAAUGCAGCACACAGCAGUUUUUAUCCAAGAUGCUGGAGUGUAGGAUUGCUGCUGGUUAUCCCAUAGUUCCCUGCAAAGCUUGAAAGCUUCGGUGAUCUGCCCUCACCCCAGAAAAAUUCUCAUAGAAUUAGAGCAAGUAAUUGAUAUGUGUGAGUGAACUGCAGAUGUGUUGCCAGUAAAAUGUGUACAGUACAUGUUAUACAUACAUAUAUAUAUAUACACAAACACUGUGCUGUCUGUCUUGUUUGGCUGUCCAAGGAUGUCACAUUCCUCAUGGGUCUCAAUAAAACCAGAGUCAAAUGAGGCAUGCAUUGUUUUGUAUGUCGUCUUUUGUACUUCAGUAACUUUGGGUCAGCAAGAAUAUUGCUAUGGUAUACAAAUAGUUCUUCAAGUAAUUUGUUCUUGAUUUCUUUAUGUAAAAUAGCUCUAAUAAACUGAUUCUAUUCUUA